AUGCCUGGUUUUUCGCAGGCUACAGAACUCGGUGCCUGGAAGGAGCUCCAGGAGCACCACAACUCCCUCGGACGCAACAUUGUCCUCAAGGAAUACUUUGAGAAGGAUCCUCAGCGCUUCGAGAAGUUCAGCCGUACCUUCGCCAACUCGGUUGACAAUACCGAGAUCCUCUUCGACUUCUCCAAGAACUUCCUCACCGAGGAGACCCUUGCCCUCCUGGUGAAGCUCGCCAGAGAAGCCGGUGUAGAGGAACUCCGCGAUGCCAUGUUCAAGGGCGAGCCCAUCAACUUCACCGAGGACCGUGCGGUUUACCACGUUGCGCUGCGCAAUGUCACCAACCAGCCCAUGCAGGUCAACGGCAAGAGCGUCGUUGAGGAUGUCAACUCCGUGCUUGAGCACAUGAAGGAGUUCUCGGAGCAGGUUAGAAGCGGUGAAUGGAAGGGUUACACAGGCAAGAAAAUCAACACAAUCAUCAACAUCGGUAUCGGUGGUUCUGAUCUCGGCCCUGUCAUGGUGACCGAAGCGCUCAAGCCUUAUGGCGCCGAGGACAUGACCCUUCAUUUCGUCUCCAACAUUGAUGGAACCCACAUUGCCGAAGCUCUCAAGCACUCCGACCCCGAGACCACUCUUUUCCUGAUUGCUUCCAAGACAUUCACCACUGCAGAGACCACCACCAAUGCAAACUCCGCAAAGAAGUGGUUCCUUGAAUCUGCCAAGGAUGAAGCCCACAUUGCUAAGCACUUCGUCGCUCUCUCCACCAACGAGGAGGAGGUGACAAAGUUUGGUAUUGACAAGAAGAAUAUGUUCGGUUUUGCGUCCUGGGUCGGCGGUCGCUACUCCGUGUGGAGCGCCAUUGGGCUCUCUGUUGCCCUCUACAUCGGCUUCGACAACUUCCACCAAUUCCUGGCUGGUGCUCACGCCAUGGAUAAGCACUUCCGCGAGACUCCCCUCGAGCAGAAUAUUCCUAUUCUCGGUGGUCUGCUGAGCGUCUGGUACAGCGACUUCUUCGGCGCCCAGACCCACCUUGUAGCACCUUUCGACCAGUACCUGCAUCGCUUCCCCGCCUACCUGCAGCAACUCUCCAUGGAGAGUAACGGCAAGGCUAUCACUCGCACCGGAGAAUACGUCAAAUACACCACCGGCCCCAUUCUGUUCGGUGAGCCCGCCACCAACGCCCAGCACAGCUUUUUCCAGUUGCUGCACCAGGGUACCAAGCUUAUUCCUUCGGAUUUCAUCAUGGCUGCUGAGUCGCACAACCCUGUCGAGGCGGGCAAGCACCAGCGCAUGCUGGCUUCCAACUUCCUUGCUCAGUCCGAGGCCUUGAUGGUCGGAAAGACUCCCGAGCAGGUCAAGACCGAAGGCGCCCCGGACAACCUGGUGCCUCACAAGACAUUCCUGGGUAACCGCCCAACCACCUCCAUUCUCGCCCAGAAGAUCACUCCCUCCACGCUCGGUGCCCUGAUUGCUUAUUAUGAGCACCUCACCUUCACCGAGGGUGCCGUGUGGAACAUCAACUCCUUCGACCAGUGGGGUGUCGAAUUGGGCAAGGUCCUUGCCAAGAAGAUCCAGAAGGAGCUGGAGACACCCGGAGCAGGUGGUGACCACGACGCUUCCACCAGCGGCUUGCUGCUGGCCUUCAAGAAGAAGGCCAACCUGGCUUAA